AACCAAAUUUAAGCAGCAAGCAGUUUACUGAAACUCCGAAAGAAUUUAGCAACAAAUUUAUCUCUAACAAGCCUCGAUCCGAAGUGGAAUUUCUGGUUAUCGAAAAAACCGGCAAAUUGUGGCCAUACCAUGGAGGCAAAAAGGCACUGAGUGCCAGCACCCUUACUAGAAUUUUGCGAGAAAUAGAAUACGAAGAAAUUCCUGAAUAUAUUCUUCUCAGAGCUGCUGAAAGAGGAAAAAAUUUUCACGAUGCGGUUCAAGCAUUUGUGCAAAGCGGCAAUUAUCCCUCCUUUGUUGAUUUAGUCGAAGUUGCCAAAUUAAAUAAAUUAGACAAAAGAAUUCACGAGACAAUUAAUUUUUUUAAGAAGAAUAAAUCACUAAAAUUGGGGCAUUUUUUAGGUAGCGAAAAACUUCAUCAUGUUUUUUACAAAGACGAAUUAUUAGCCACUUAUGUUGAUUUAGAAUUUCAAGAUUAUAUUAUUGAGUUGAAAACUAGGGUAAUCUUUGACGAAUUUCAAAUAACUCCCCAGGCUCUCAAAAUAUUGGAUAUGUUGGUAGAAUUGGUUAAUAACGGAGCUGGUUAUUCAAUUCAAAUGAAAAAGGCGAUUAUCCAAAAAAUAUUAAAUAGCCGAAUUAUGAAAAAAAAUGAAAAAUCAUUAGUUGGCAAAGCCUACUAUUUUUGCGAUUUAAAAAGAAUUAUCAGCAAAAUAUAUCCCAAUUAUGCUAUCCAAAUUACUAAUAAAGAAGGAUUACAAGUGCUAACAAAUAUUCAAGUUGAUAGAAAAAAUCCCAUGCCGCUUGAUAAAAUAUUCCAAUGCGAGGUCCGAGAAGGAGAAAAAGUUAACCAAAAAACCACUCUUUUUAUCGUUUAUUUGGAAGAACAAGUUAUUAGUAUUUCAGUCUAUAUUCCCUGA